ACCCCAGAAGGUAGAGCGGUUGGGCAAUCUCCAGGCUGGUUCCCGCUCGGCACCGUCUCACUAUUUCUCGCUUCCAGGUGGCUGGGCUGAGCUCUGGGCACCAUGGCCUUGGCACGGGCCAAGAGUUCCCAAGAGGCAUUGCUCUGGGCCUUGAACGACCUUGAGGAGAACAGUUUCAAGAUGCUGAAGUUCCACUUACGGGAUGCAACCCAGUAUCACCUAGCUCGAGGGGAACUGGAGGGUCUGAGUCGGGUGGACCUAGCAUCGAAACUCAUCUCGAUGUACGGAGCACAGGACGCUGUGAGAGUGGUGAGCGGAAGCUUGCAGGCCAUGAACUUGAUGGAGCUUGUGGACUACCUCAGCCAGGUUUGUCUGAAUGAUUACAGAGAAAUCUACAUGGAGCACGUGCGCUGCUUGGAAGAGAGGCAAGAUUGGCGUGUUAACAGCAGCCAUAAGCUGCUCCUGGUGCCCUCAUCCAGUUCAGGGAGUUGUGGAUCGCCUUCCUAUUCUGACCUGGAUCCUAUUCAGGUGGAGGCGCUAUUUGCUCCGGAGGCGGAGUCCAACUCAACCCCGCCCAUAGUGGUGAUACAAGGAUCUGCCGGUACUGGGAAGACAACACUGGUCAAAAAACUGGUGCAGGACUGGGCCAAAGGGACCCUGUACCCAGGCCAGUUUGAUUAUGUUUUCUAUGUGAGCUGCAGAGAAGUGGUCCUGCUGCCCAGGUGUGACCUGCCCAGUCUCAUCUGCUGGUGUUGCGGAGAUGACCAAGCCCCAGUCACAGAGAUUCUGAGGCAGCCUAAGCGCCUCCUGUUCAUCCUGGAUGGCUAUGAUGAGUUACAGAGGUCCAGUCGAGCUGAGUGCGUACUGCGCAUUCUGAUUAGGAGGAGGGAGCUACCAUGUUCCCUCCUCAUUACCUCUCGGCCUCCAGCUUUGCAGAGUCUGGAGCCCACGCUGGGUGAACGGCGACAUGUCCAAGUCUUAGGCUUUUCUGAGGAGGAGAGGAAGAGCUAUUUCAGCUCCUAUUUUACGGAUAAGGAGCAAGCGAGGACUGCCCUUGAAUUUGUGCAAAACAAUGCGGUUCUCUACAAAGCAUGCCAGGUUCCAUGCAUUUGCUGGGUGAUCUGUUCCUGGCUGAAGAUGAAGAUGGUAAGAGGCCAGGAAGUCUCAGAGACACCUAACAACAGUACAGACAUCUUCACUGAGUACGUGUCCACCUUCCUGCCCACAGAGGGCAACGGGGACAGCUCUGAGCUCACCCGUCACAAGGUUCUGAGGAGUCUGUGCUCCUUGGCGGUGGAGGGGAUCCGGCACCAGCGCCUGCUAUUUGAAGAGGACCUCCUCAGAAAGCACAGCUUAGAUGGCCCUAGCCUCACUGCUUUCCUGAACAGCUUUGACUACCGCGAGGGGCUUAGCAUCAAGAAACUCUACAGCUUUUGCCACGUCAGCUUCCAGGAAUUUUUCUACGCCAUGUCCUUCCUUGUGAAGGAGGACCAGAGUCAUCUGGGGGAGGCAACGUGCAGAGAAGUGGCAAAGCUGGUGGAGCUGGAGAAAUACGAAGAAGUAACUCUAAGUUUGCAGUUCUUGCUUGACAUGUUGAAAACGGACGGCACCUUGAGCUUGGGGCUGAAGUUCUGCUUUAGAAUUUCCCCCUCAGUGAGGCAGGAUCUGAAACAUUUUAAAGAAAAAAUGGAAGCCAUAAGGUACAACAGGUCGUGGGAUUUGGAACUCUCUCUCUAUGAUUCUAAAAUAAAGAAACUCAAACAAGGCAUCCAGGUGAAAGAUGUCAUUUUCAAUAUACAACGUUCAGAUGGAAAGAGCUCUGGUAAGAGGAAGCCGUUUUCACUGAGCAGCAGCGUUGGGAAGGGGCAGGUACAAAGCCCUCUCUUGGAAACUGAUAAUCGCACAAGGAAACAAAAGAAGGCUUCUAAUGGGAAAAGCAAAGGGGCAGAAGAACCAGCCCGGAAGGUUAGAAACAGCAGCCUGGCAAGCACAGAAGAGCGGUACAAGGAGGCGAAGGAUAAGGAGGAUGGUUGCUUGGAGAGACUGGAGGAUGGGGGCGGGCAGAGAGUUAAACCGGAUGGAGAGAGGAGAGACCAGAUGAAUGGGUAG